GUUAAGGGCUUGUAAGGUAUCUGUUGUAUUCAGCGCAUGUGACAAAUAAAAUUUGAUUUUGUUGUACAACACCAAAACCUUACCCAGUGCCUCAUCACUAAAAUGGGACAAGAUAACAUAGCAUACCUCAUCUUUCCCAGGUGAAGUUAACCCAACCUUACCUAUUGUCCUUUUCAUCUCUGCCAUUGUAAAUGGUGCAUUCAAUGCAUCCUUUACAACCUCCCUCAUAUCCAGCACUCCAGGAUAUUCCUCUCUCAUUCUCUCUAUCUGCCCAUCCUCUGACAAAUUUGCCUAGCUAAGUGGAAACUCCUCGGGAAAGCAUGGAGUUUAUUAGGCUACAGAUUAAAUAAAUUAUGAACUUCAUAUGGUGGUGAAUGUGCAAGAUACUCCUUUCCAAUACAUAUCGAGGGUCUUAUUCUGGUGACAUGAUUGAUGCUUUGCUGCCGUUUGACAAAUAAUAUCGCUCUUAUCCAUAAGGAUCUGAUAAUGUAGAUAGCCAACCUCCACUGUAUGUGUGAGGUGUUAGCUAGAGCGCAUGUGCCAAGACCAGAGUGGGCACAUUUGCUAUUUAACGCAACAGUUGUGACAAAACCAUCAGAUUUAUUUUUAUUCGGUACAUGGGAAUUUAACAGCAAAAGUUAUUUUUUUUUAUCUGCAAAAAGUCUGUUUGAUGGAAACAUAUCGCCGGUGGGAAAAUGCGCAUAUUGUUUUAUGCAUAUUUUGUUAUAUUCGUAAUGAAAAUCUGUCGCAAAUUGAAUGGAAACCUACCUAAUGUCUAGGAGUGUGCAGUGAUGCGUAACAUAUUUUGGAAUGCUGUUCCUUUCAUUCAAGGUUUACAAAUGCGAUCUAAUUUCAGCACCAAUCUUCCUAUGCCGAUCCACUAUUUAAACUUACAAGUAAAUGAAGGACUUUCUGGUCUCAUUGAAGCUGGGUCGGGAAUGUCUUCCUGCCUAGCUGAUAGACUGGCAGAAGUCUUAAAGCGAUGUCACCUUGUGUAUCUGGAGAGAAGAAUGUUUAGUGAAUAAGUUGAUUGUUUCAGGCAAAAAAAUGAAUGAGCAUCUGACGCACCACCAGCCUGGUAUUUUCAAACUUGACUUGCACUUCGAAGAGAAGAUCUUGGGCCUGCUUCUCUCGGUUGGCGAAGCAAAGUUUUUUUUGUCCUUGAAGAUCGCUACUACUUAUGAAUGGACGGAAUAGCAGCGAAAUAGCCUCAAUUAGCCUUGCUACUUUUCCCACUUAGGUGUCUACUGUAGCUAGAUAGCUAGCUAGCUUUACAACGAUGUAGUCAAGACAUGCACUACAGGAUGCCAAAUCUUUCCAGCGGAUGAGUUUUAGUUAGGUAAGAUUUAAUGUUUUUUUUUUGUUGCUAUGGUUAUUAAUUAUACUGCACUGAUGGAGCGUAAAUCCCAGAAAACAGAUUUGAUAGUGGCAGCAGCAGAGAUAUUUUUGAGUGUAAGAGAUUUUAGAGCAGAAGAUCUAAAGGGGGUUUUAAGAGAAGGGGUCUGUCCCAUCCUCCCAGUUGGCCUGUAGUAAGAUCUGGGAGGACUAGAGUACUGGGAUGGGGUGGUGAGUUUUUUGGAUAUAGUGGUGUAUACAAUGUGUGGGUUAGAUGGUGGUGCAAUUUAUUUUCUCCAUUUCCCCAUAUUUUUUUGUGACAAAAUGUGCAAUUCACACUCCGACCUGUGAAAGGAAACAAUAACCAACACAGCGUCCAGUCUACCGGAAACUCACACGAAGAAGUAAACAGAAAGUGAACAGUGACUAAGAACAAUUUCCACUUUAGCAUUCAUUGUUAUUUAGACGUUUAUUAACACCCUGGAACUCAAAAUAUGACUAAUUUAACUGGAUAGCAUCACAUACUUUCAGCGUGUAGUGUUUAAUAAGCGCUGGAGACAGGACUUGAUUGAUUGAUAGGCGUUAUCUCGGUAACGCUAGUGAACAAUGGCUAACUGUAUAGUUUUUCACACUCAAAUAGCCUCCAUCAUGGAGGUGCUAGCGAAUGCAGCUGUAGCUGAGAUCUGUAAACUCGUAGACGACGACUAUGCAGUGUUUCGUUUGGAAAUAACGCAAAGCCAGAAAGAAAACAGGGUUUUGCGAAGGAAACUACUGGAACUGAAGGUGGCAAGGGAGCGCGCAGAGAGGACAACGCGAGAGCGCGUCCUCGCCAGUCGUGUCAAGAUCCCCGACCGAAACAGAGAAGUGUCAAGAGUCACUGUCUCAGGUGAAGGACAUCUCACUGGAGGCCACAGGAGCUUUGUGAAGCCAGCGAAACACAAUACAUGGAGAGAUGACCAACCAAUCACUGUUGAGGGGAGUGGAACCUCAACCCAGCACAUUAUCUCUGCAGAUGCAGAGGCUGCAGGUCCUGGGGUCAAGCAGGAGAGGACCGAAGGAGAGAAGGACCCUGUAAGCAUAGAGGACCCCACCACCGCCCCAACGCCUCCCAGGACCCAACCCAGCAUCAGGGAGGUCAGUGGAACGCAGAACGCCGUCCUCAAGUCAGAGACCGACACCAAGACUUUAACACACAGGCUCUUACACACAGGUUCUGACUACAGAUCAGACCCAGAGAGACUGGGCUGUCCUCCUGCUCCCGGUUCAGAGUACUUACCGGUAUUUCACCAGAGCCAGAGGAUGGUUCAUUGCUGUGGAGAUGAUGAUGCGAUAGACACUAGUGGUGAUGAUCCGUCUUGUUCUUACGCUACAGAGAUGGACCCUGGCAGCAUGCCCUUGGGUUUAGAGACACAGACUGAUCUGUCUAGAGGGGACUGGAACCGGUACAGUAGUGGUGUAUACUCUGAAGGGUGCCUAGAUAAGAAAGGGGAGGUGAUAGAUGAGGUGACUGUGAAAGUGGAGGGUGUCGUUCCUCCCACAUGGAAUGCAGAUAGUCACCUAGGAAACAGACACUCACAAGGCAGAGAUUUCUUAGAUUACAGGGAAAGCUUAGAGACAAAUCCAAAUGUUGAGACCCACUCCCCUACACACGCAUUCAGGGAAUGCGACCCAGUGUCCACAUCGAUGGGGCCAUCCGAUUCACACGGCCGCGUCCUUUUCGAUCAGGUAUUGAACUCAAAGGACCAAAGGGCCAAGGCUCGGGGAGCAACAACAGGCAAUAGUAAAGAGAAACGGUUCCUCUGUAUGUUCUGUAACAAAGGCUUCAGCUGCUCCCAGAAUGUGGAGAUCCACCAGAGGAUCCACACAGGAGAGAAACCCUACAGCUGCCCCCAGUGUCACAUGUGCUUCGCUCAGUCUGGCAGCCUAAAGAGGCACCAAAGGGUCCACACAGGGGAGAAACCCUACAGCUGCCCACAGUGCGAGAAGAGGUUCUCCCGCCAACACCUGCUGAAGACACACCUGAAGAUCCACACAGGAGAGAGGCCAUAACGCCUGUACGCACUGCGGGAAGAGGUUCUCAGAGAGGAGCUACCUCAGGAUACA